AUGGAAAGAAAUUGCAAAUGGAAGUGGCAGCUUGUUGAGUUGUCUGAGUAUUUGUGUUUUUGUGCAGGCUUCAUUGCAAUAGAGAUCGAAGACGAGAUCGACUGUACAGGAUCAAAAUCAGCUGAAGAUAUGGACAUUGAGGUUGACCACUAUGCUGUUCUGGGUUUGCCAUCUGGUGAAGAAGGGUUCAAGCUCUCAGAGAAAGAGAUUUCAAAAGCCUAUCGGUUGAAGGCUUUGGAGUUGCAUCCGGACAAGAGACCGGAUGAUCCGAAUGCUGAUGCUAAUUUUCAAAAACUCAAAACAUCUUAUGAUCCUCAAGGAUGA